GAUGACAAAUCUUUUUUUACUCUACUUAUAAAUUCACUUGUGAUCAGAUGUUAUCUAAUGCGUUAGCUGAUACCACUUUGAAUGAUGAAUUAAAUGCGCUCAAGAUCUGCACUUUUGAAGAUGUUAAAGACGUUCGUUUAUUCGCUGUUCCGAGACGUGUGGUGGGUGUUUGUUCUGGAAAGUUUUCAAAGGAGGAAUCAGAAGAGCUUCUUGGGAUAUUUGACGCGACGGGUAGUUUUGAUGUACCCAAGGAACAAAUGAAGAAAAUGCCAGAAGUAUGUUUUUGCAACGGAGAUGAUUCUGAUAAAUAUUCAGCAAUCAAUGUCAUCUUAAAAGCAGCUCUCCAAGAGCACUUAUACCAUGAACUAAGACUAAAGGCUCAAUUAGGUUAUGAUUUUGAUUUGACACUUCAUCUCUCCUCUGUCAUGAGAGGACUCCAUAUCUAUGUCGUCUCUCCAAGUAAGGAACCUAAUGAGUUGCUUGAUCAGAUUUACAAAUUUGCUGGUGGCAUUGGUGAUUUCAUGUUUUUGGCUGAUGAUCAUCAAGAAGAUGCUGGUAUAAGUGAUGAACUGCUGAAUGAUAAUGUCACAAAAGAUCGACUUAAGGGCGUGAAGGCGUGGUUGGUAAAAGUGGAGAAAGAAGAAGUGGUUGACUUUUGCAAAAAUUUCUUCGCCAAGAAUUCAUGUAGGAGCAUCGAAAUAUCAAUCGCCAGAGGAGUGAUGAGUGAUGAGUGAUAACUUUUUCUCAUGUUGUUUCAUGUUACUUUUUUCUAGACAUUUUGGAGUCUGUAAGUCUUCCAAAUACCGAACCUCUAUGUUUCUUACUUCCCCUAGCUCUUGAAGCUUGAACCUGAAAUGUUAACAUAAGAGCAUUGUGUAAUUGAUGAUCAAGAAGUGAGAUGGAGAAAGCAGCAGGGAAAACAGAGGAAGAGAAUUGUGACCUCGUGCAGUUAUUAUAUCUAUA